UAUUUUGAUGCGUGCAACCUUUAAUAUAUAAAAUACAGGCAUAAACAUCAUGAAUCUGUUGCUGCAGUUACAAUGUAACAAUCCUCAAACAAAAGUUCUAGCAGAAAGAAUAGAAGCGUGCUCGUGCAAUAAUGUAUCAAGUCUCGACGGGAGACCCGCCCCCGCCCGCUCUCAUUGGCCAGGAUCCGUGUUCAUCAUCUUGUUCUCUCCAUUGACGUCACGGACGUCAGUAUUCGCACAUGGAAUUGCGAAUCAGUUGCGCUUUUGCGCUCCAGCCAGCCGAACUCACGGACGCGCGAGACCAUCCACCCGCUCACCGGUGACUGCGCACGGGCUGAGGACUCUAUCCCAACGGUGUAUUGCUGGAUUUUAGAAUUUUUAUAAAUUGCCUUUUUCUUUUCUUCACUUCACUUUUCCAGUGUCAUUGAUUUCUCUUUUGCGCGAUGGAGAAGAUGUCUCGACCUCUUCCUAUAAACUCAACUUUCCUACCUCCGACCCACGGCGUCCUCAAAUCCCUGCUGGAGAACCCCAUGAAACUGCCCUUUCACCACGAUGAAGGUUUUGGGAAAGAGAAAGAAAAAGAGAAGAAAUUGGAAGAGGAUGGAAACAGUCUCAACACCCCUCAGUCCGCCUUCUUGGGGCCGACUUUGUGGGAUAAGACCCUGCCGUACGAUGGCGAUAACUUACAACUGGAGUACAUGGAUUUAGAGGAGUUCCUGUCAGAGAACGGAAUUCCCGCCAACCCUCAGAGCGAGCAGAGCCAACCUUCCCAACAGCCCCACUCGGCCCCGGGCACACCCUCUGUGGUGGAUCUCAGUAACCGUGCAACCACAUCGGUUCACUCCGGGAUAGUCGCAGAAAACUGCCAUCAGAGCCCAAAUAGAGGAGCGCUUCCCACUUCACGUGACACACCCAGUCCGAUAGAUCCAGACUCCAUCCAGGUUCCGGUCAGGUACGAGCCCGACCCCGCUGACCUCGCCCUCUCCAGCAUCCCGGGUCAAGAGAUCUUUGACCCUCGCAAGCGCAAAUUCAGCGCAGAGGAGCUCAAACCGCAGCCCAUGAUCAAGAAGGCACGCAAGAUCUUCAUUCCAGAAGACUUGAAGGAUGACAAAUACUGGGCACGCCGCAGAAAGAAUAACUUUGCGGCAAAGCGCUCCCGGGAUGCUCGCCGGCUGAAGGAGAACCAGAUCGCCAUCCGUGCGGGAUUCCUGGAGAAAGAGAACACAGCGCUCAGACUGGAAGUGGCCGACCUGCGGAAGGAGCUCGGCCGCUGUAAGAACAUUAUGGCCAAAUACGAGGCGCGGCACAGCCCUAUGUGAGCCCCCCCCAUCACCCUGAAAAAACCCGCCCACUUCCUUAGGAAUAGCCCCGCCCACAACCAUCCUCCAGGGACUUCUGUGCGCCUCAUUUAGGCGGCCAAUGUCUCCUCUUUUCACUUCCUCCCUCUCUCUCUUUCUCUCUCUCUCUUUCUCUACCAAACCCGUUUUGAUUUUCUUAGUCGAAAUCUUUAGCUGACGAUUUAUUUUAAAUGUGUGUAUUAGUGUCUGUCUUUUUCCCCGUAUUCCACGCCACUCUUUUUAUCAGUCUCCUGUGUUUAUUCCUUCACCAACGAUGGAUUGUUUCUUUUGGAAAUGAUUCUACAUGCCCUUUUAUACACCUGCAAUAUGGACUGAGAAUGCUGCUCACCCUCAUGCCUGUCAAUCAAACGCUCAGCCCAUCCCUCUUUUCCCAGAGGCUCCGCCCACUCUCUGUUGCGCACGCUUUCUUCUUUAUUCAACAGAAGUUUAUUUGGUGUAAAUUCAUGUAUUUUAAGUUGAAUAGCCGUACGCACCUUCAUUUUUCUUCUGAUGUUUGUUUUAGUUUUUCCCGUUAUUUGUGAAUUUAUUUUAUUGUCUCUUUUAAAACCAACACCAGCGUUGUCGUUUUGUUUGUCUUCACUACAUUGUCCAUGGAGCAAUAAGUCGAAUUCUCUUCAGAGGGCAAACAUGUAUGAAAUGUAAGCUAGAUUCCUCUAAAGUUUCCUGUUUGAAAAGCAUAGCGCCAUUACGUGUGCAUCACGUACAUCAUUUCCGCUGAUCCGCGGAAACUUUCCCUCCGAAAUGCCGAAUGCGUUUAGUCUCGCUCUAACCCCCUGCACUAACGCGUGUUUCACAAUCUGACCUGGUGCAAUGCUUCUGUAGUACCUACACUAUAACCUGCUUGAUAUAUUUAUGGACUUUUAUUUUGUUGUUUUUUCAUUUUCAGAGAUAUUCAGCUGUUAAUAACUACUAUGGUUAUAGCUGUUCUUAUUGUUAUGGCUGUAUAGUAAUUUUCCUGAUCAGUUAUUGUUUUAAUGGAUAUUUCGGCAUGAAUAUUGUUUCAGAAUGUGGCCUCAAGUUAACUGUAAAUGGGUAUUUUUAUUUUUUUCAAAUGGAUGAUUAUUCAAUCUUUGUUUUUGUUUUUUUUACCCGAAGCAUGUUUUUUUUUGUCAGUAAAAUAGAUAUUUGUAGUGAUUGCGUGUUCGGCUGUAUGACUGCAGUGAAUGUGUUUGAAGAGGCGUUUGUUUAGCAGGUGUUGUCUCAUAUACUGUGGUUGAAACCCAAUCAGUUUGUUUACUGCAGACCAAAACAUACAGCACACAGAAGAUUUAUUAAUAAAACAGAGUUUUAAUGUUUAUAUAUACACACACACACACACACACACACACACACACACACACACACACACACACACUAUAAGUUGCGUUUUGUACAGUAUUUUUCCUAUGUGAUACUGUCUGAAUAUUUUCAAGGCACAACAAAUCCAUAGUCGUACAAGAGAAAUAUAUGAUAUUAUAUAGCUAUAUAUCUAUUAUUCAGAACUAUUUGACAUAGUGUUUUGAUAUAUUAUGAGGUAUAUAACAGGGAUUGUUAUUCAGUCAAUUGAAACCCACGAUCUUAUCUGGGCAUUAAAAACCUUCUGCGUCCUUGUAUUCAAAUAGCCUUUAGUGUUCUGUCUCAGGGAACAUUAGCAUCCAGACCUCACCUUUCUCUAAAUGGAAGGAGCUGCAAUACCUCCUUUGACCACACGAGUCAGUAUAACUCACACGUAAUGCUUUUAAUGAGUUUCUGAUUUACCAGUAUUGCUAUUGGUUCUUUGAAUGGAAAUCUAAAGGCUAUGUACUUUCUUGUUGAGUUUUGUUAAUGAAUGUUUCAUGAGGCUGUUCAUCGAGCUUUGCUUGGUUUGAUUGUUAAAAGUCUUGUUGUCAAUGGAGUCACCGGCUAUGUUCGGACUAGCAUACUAGCAUGCAACUUGUACAUUAUCUGCAGUCAGGGUUGGACUGGGAAGAGAAAUCUGCCUGGGAUUUUACAUGACAACUGGCCCAAAACAUGUUGAGCAUUUCGGGGCCGACACACCGGCCUGCUCGGUUCUCCCGAUGGCCAGUCCGCCCCUUAUUGGCCGCAAAGUGCGUCGGCCCACCAAGAAAAUGCCCGGUAUGCCAGAUUACCAGUCCAGCCCUGUCUGCAGUGCGUAGUUGGCACUGCGCAUAGUCGGGUUGAAAGUUAAGUCAAUUUUUAUUUACGAGAAAACCGGACAUCUCACUCAAGUAUACAUGCAACAUAGUGAGGUCAUGUGGUAACCAUGUAGUGUACUACUACAGUAGGAAGUAGUACGCUAGUGUUCUGAGUAAUUACUGGUUGUAGAAAAACCUCCGGUUCAAAAUCAGUUUUUCUCUAUUAUAUUUAGCUUUCGCUGUAUCCACCGGUGACUUCAUUGUCAACAAUAAAAGUCCUGUCUGCUCUAGUUCAGCCCAAGGUAACGUGCACAUAAUUGUGCAUUUGUUGAGAAUAGUUUGGGCAGAAAUGGCGCUGAUUUGUUUUUGUCCUGUGUUCUUUUUCAUUUCCCUUUAUUUUCUUGUUUGUUUGUUGCAUAAAUACAGAUGUGAAGACUGUAGUGCGAGCUAUGCGUGCAUAAAGCCCUGUGUAGUUCACAAGCUGACUGUUUUCUGUCUGUACAAAACUCAAAUAAAUCCAGGAUUAAGCCAAA